AUCUCAAAAGGGUGACUAAUUUACGUAAUCUAUUGGAGCAUUUAGCGCUGAGUCAUUGCUAAAUUUGACGUUUAUUGUGAGGCUCUAGUAAAUGAUGCCAGUCGUACAGUUCGAUAGAUAAUGAACGAUAAUAAUAAACCGGGUAAACAACAUAAGUAUGUAGCGCUUGUACGAGAAGCAUGUGAUCGUUCCGAAUGCCGCGCAAAACAACGCCAAACCAACACGCGCGCGCCAUAGCACACAGUGGCAGGCGUACUUGCAUGUGUGCACACGUGUAUCGAACGUUCGAGAAUGACGUCGCUAUUAAUGUAUAUUGUGUUUAGCGUUUUUUCUUUGUUCUACGUCGGGAUAGGGAAGGAUAGGGAAUAAGGAUCGAAUGGUAUCCAAAAUCCCUCCCGUUUUCAACCAACAAACGGCCAGCAACAUUUCAAUUGAGAACGGGGUCGAAGUUAAAGGAUUAAAAUCAUGCAACCUAAAGCUUCGCCAAUCAUCUGCUUUUCGUGGCGUGAGAUUGCGGCAACAACAAAAGGCAGAUGCCUUAACCCCGGAAAAAAUCGAAAUCAUAUCCCAAAAAGAUCCGGCCAUAGAGCUAAACACGUUUUUGCGCGAACCACCGAGUUACACGAGCAAGUCCCGAGUCCAAGGUCAGGCUGCCAAGGAGGUGGCAGCCGUAUAUCCUUCUACUUGGGAGGAAAACUUCCAGGAUCUGAGCGGCUGGUGCAUGGCCAGUGUACAGGGGCGAUACAAUUUUGCUGCAGGUGAAUCCGCGAUGACUUCGAUGAUUACAGAGUUAAAAAGUGAGAACAGCGAUGUCUUGACUACAACAGAUAUGACAAGCGCUGCCUCGGUGCAAGCGAUCAAGGGAAAAAUCAACAAUGACGGUGAAACGUUUGUAUGCGCACCCGAAUUAAUAUCUGCCACGAACGACGUUCUACCACAGUUUAAUAGCACCAACGCAGUAGCUGAGCAGCAGCAGCAAAUUAAUUUCCAUGAUAAUAAUAUCAGAAAUAUUAUUAAUGACGUUGGUGAACCGAAAAACCGCAGUGAUGGGUGGAUUGGUUUAUCAUCUAAAGUUGAAUCGACAAUGGAUGCAAAUAAUGACAAUAUAACGUGGACGCAGUUAAGCAAUGUAGGGAUUAAUACAUCUACAGCUGAAUUGCCACUUUAUUAUCAAGAAUCGGUGAUCGGUGCAGACGCGAAGCAACAAGAACAGCAAUCACAAGAUCUAAAUUAG